AUGGAGAGGAGGACACUCGGGGAUGGGAUGCUGAUCCCCCGCCUCCCCUGUGACCCCCAGCCUUUCCCGUGCGCCGAAGAUGAGGACUGCGGCCCCGAGGAAUUCUGCGGGGGGGCGGCCCGCGGCGGGGGGGCCCCGCUGUGCCUCGGCUGCCGACGGCGCCGCAAGCGCUGCCUGCGCGAUGCCAUGUGCUGCCCCGGCAUGACCUGCAGCAACGGUCUCUGCACGGCCCCGGAGCCGCCCCACGGAGCGGCCGAGCUGGAGGAGACGGGCACUGAGGCUCUGCCCCGACGGACGCCCGCUCCCGCCUGGCUCCCCACUGCCAAAGGAGAGGAAGGCGACUUCUGCCUGCGCUCGUCGGACUGCGCGGCCGGGCUGUGCUGCGCCCGCCACUUCUGGUCCAAGAUCUGCAAGCCGGUGCUGCGGGAGGGGCAGGUGUGUACCCGGCACCGGCGGAAAGGCACCCACGGCCUGGAGAUCUUCCAGCGCUGCCCGUGUGCCGAGGGGCUGGCGUGCCGCCUGCAGCGGGAGCACGGCCCCGCCGACGCGUCCCGCCUGCACACGUGCCAGCGGCACUGAGCGACACACGGACGGGACCGGACACACGGACGCGACAGACUCCGGUCCCUCCUGCACACGUGCCAGCGGCACUGAGCGACACACGGACGGGACCGGACACACGGACGCGACAGACUCCGGCCCCGCCGGAGCGAAGGCUGUUUCUCAAGGGAACUACUCCUAAGCGACUUCUUGCAGUACGUUACUGUGUUGUGAAUACUCGAGCUGGCACUUAGCUGUACAUAACGCCGGGACUUUCAAUGACUUUUCACGAGUUGUUUUGUGUUUCUCUGAGGGCGCUGCGCGGCGCUCCGCAAGCCGUGACUGUGACUUUGUACACACUGGGUUUUUAAGGGAUGCCACCGCCUGCGUGCGAGCGAAUAAACUCUUUAAAUUCA